GCGGGGAUUGAAGAAGAAGCACAGCAAAAGGGGCCAGAGCAGAGAAUCAAAACAAAAGAAUAGUUGAUAAUCGCGUGAUGAUCGCAGACCAUAGUGCAGAUAAUCUUUAGUUUGAUAUAUCAACGCUAUUACAGCGAGAGGAGCUGGAAUCGUUGCAAUAUUCGCAAAAUAAAUGUAUUUACAUACGUAUGUAUCAUAACUGAGAGUGCAUUGGUCAAAAUCGAUCGUGUUGACAUUCGAUCAUCCUACCAAUCAUUCGCAUUUUAUUUUUCCCACGAGAAUCGGUAACGUCGCACUGACAAAGAAGAAUAUAAUUACUUACUUAUUACUAAUACGCGCCAGUUAACGCGUGAAACUUGGAGACGCACAUUAUUAGUCGUAUGUACUGAAAUUUACGCCUAUGCAAGAGAAAUAUUACGAAUUGAGUCGCAGUUUCAGUACCAAAUAUCACAGAGCACAGCUCAAUAACCGUGCGAAAAUGAAUUCCGUACGAAAAUCGUUUAAAGAGACACGUCCGUUUGCGCAGCGUGUCGCAGAUGUUGAAUUAAUCCGGGAACAACAUCCAAACAAGAUUCCGAUAAUUGUCGAAAGGUUCUGUGGAGAGAAACAAUUGCCACUUAUGGAUAAAUUCAAAUUUCUUGUACCUGAUCACUUGACUGUAGCCGAGCUUAUAAAAAUCAUUAGGCGCAGGCUACAUCUUCAUCCGACACAGGCAUUUUUUCUGCUAGUUAAUCAAAGAAGCAUGGCCAGUGGAAGUCUGACAAUGGCGCAGCUCUAUCAGCACGAAAAAGAUGCCGACGGUUUUCUGUAUAUUGUUUUUGCUAGCCAAGAAGUAUUUGGUUGCUAAAUUGCGCCUGGUGCAAACCUAGAUUUAAUUGUUUUACACAAAAAUAUCGAUCGACGGGUGAUAAAUACUGUUGGACUUGUUGCAACUGUGACUAGACAAUUGCUCGUUAUAUAAAAAAAGUUUGAGAAUACAUGAGGGACAUGUUGAAUGAAAACUGAAUUAACGAGAAAACAGAAAAGUAAAUGAAUUACAAACCUCUAAUAAAAAGAGAGCUAAUAAUCGCAGUAGUUGAUUAUUCUCGACUUAAUUAUUGUUUUAUUGUACCCGUUAAUUAUACUGAACGUUGAUGAUAAUUUACUUAUUACUUCAAUUAGUGUAAUAUUACAACAAGUGGAACUACGAGUGUAAAACAGCUUAAAUAAUUGGUGAAAAAAACUCUAUGAAGUAGUAUAUUUUUAUUUGAGCGUGAAUGUUGACAUUGAGAUUUCUUUUGUCACCUCUUUUGUUUAAGCAUCUUCAUAUCCUAUUGUUACUUAUUAUUUUGUAUUAACUAUACUCGCACAUGUUUAAUUAUAUCGUGAUAGUUCCUUAAAUUGCCUCCAUGUAACUCAGGCAUAAAAAUAAUUGUUUCGUAACAAUUUUAUCCUUAUUCAAGUAAAGUUACACUAGAAUCUAAAAAAAUAAUCUCCUUUACGAUAAUAUUGGAUUAUAUUUACAGAUGAAAUGUAUUAAGUAGCAUUAAUAAUAGUUUUGUAUGUUAGUAGUUAGUUGAGGAAAAUGAUAAUGAAACAUUGUAAAACUAACGAUUUUGCAAUACGUUCAUACAUGUAUUUUUUGCUAAUUAAAAAAUUAUAAGUUCGUAUCACAUUACAAAUAAUUUUUAUUGAGUCUGAUAUUUUUUCUUAAUGAUAAUAAAAUUCACCUAUUCAUAAAUGAUCUUAAUAAACAAAUCGCAUCGAAGUGUUUCUUAUGUCACUAUUUUUUUUUUUUUUUUAUAUUAAACGAAUUUUCUUUGAUGAUAAUUCUAUCUUUUCGGUAGUUCAAAGGAUGGGUUUAAACAAAACUGUUAGUUAUUUACCAUAUCAAAUAGCCUUCUUGAAGAUAAUAUAUAUUUUGCUUUCUCUUUGUUUCACACAAGAUUCAAUAAAUUGUCAUUAAUAACAUGCAUAUAAUAUACUUAUUCUAUGCAAAAAGAUAAUAGAUUACAAUUCUGAGGAAAAAAUACUCAUUUAAUUCCUCUGUCAGGUAAUUACGUGUAUUUUUGAAACUACUUAUCAGGUAGAAUCAGCUGUGAAUUAUUGAUUAAUAUAAUUAUCAUGUAAUAUUUCGUUUGUUCGAAUAAAUUAUUACUUUAUGA